AUGGGAAAGCUGAGCAGUAAGGCUGGUAAUAAAGUACCAAUACCACAAACCACACCUGCUAAGGCUAAGAAAAAGACUAAGAAGUCUAAUAAAAUUAAGGAACAGGUAGCUGUCAAAAAUUCACAAAUUCCAUUUGAGAACUCGCCAAUUUAUGACUUACUUCAAUUUUUUGAAAAAGCCCCAGACCAAUGGACAGCCAGGUAUAUAUUGAUAUUGACCGCCAUUAUUUUGAGAAGUGCCGUUGGUCUAGGAUCAUUUCUGGGUCAAGGAGAAAAGCCAAUAAAUGGAGAUUUUGAAGCCCAAAGACAUUGGAUGGAAUUGACUAUUCACCUUCCUAUCAAUAAAUGGUAUUUCUAUGAACCAUUAUACUGGGGUAUCGAUUACCCACCAUUAACUGCCUUUCACCUGUACUUAUUUGGCAAGUUGGGAUCGUUAAUUAAUUCAGACUGGUUUAGAUUUUUCACCUCGAGAGGACUAGAAUCAUCAGAUUUGAAAACAUACAUGAGAUACACCAGCUUGAUAAGUGAAUUGGUGAUAUAUGUUCCAGCAUUAUUAGGCUUUAUUUCGAUAAUGGGGAAGAAAUUGAAUUUAAGCAGGAUGUAUCAAAUAGUGAUAUCUACCAUAAUCUUGUGUCAACCAUCACUUAUUUUGAUAGAUCAUGGACAUUUCCAGUAUAAUUCAGUGAUGCUAGGAUUAUUCUUAUUUUCAUUAGUUGAUCUAAUCAAAGGAAAUUAUAUUUUAGCGUCAAUUUGGUUCAUGAGUUCAAUUAACUUUAAGCAAAUGGGCUUAUAUUAUGCACCUUUUAUUUUCGCAUACCUUUUUUCCAAGUUAUUCACUAAUUAUUACGACUUAGGUUCUGAUAGAUCUGUUAAAAAGUUAGUAACAAGCUUUAACUUCAAAAAAUUGAUUGCCAUUGGUCUUGCAGUAAUAAUUACUAGUAUUGUAAUUAUUUCACCGUUUAUUAUCCUACCAAAUUGUUCAAGAGCGGAGACGUUAAAUGUUUUAAAGCAAAUAUUAAUCAGAGUAUUUCCAUUUGAAAGAGGUUUAUUUGAAGAUAAGGUUGCAAAUUUCUGGUGUACUACAAAUUUAGUAGUCAAGUAUAGAGAUAUAUUUUCGAUCAACCAAUUAAAGAAGAUUACAUUAUUGUCUACAUUGGUGGCUAUUUUACCUCCGUGCUUGAUGAUUUCUUAUAAAAAUAUUUUUAAUCCAAAAUUUUCUAUUAGUUCGCUGUCUCCAGUGAAAUAUUUAUCAUUGAUUUAUGGAUUUGCUGCUACAUCAUGGGGAUUCUUUUUAUUCUCAUUUUUGGUACACGAAAAGAAUGUGCUUGUGCCUCUUUUACCUAGUACGCUAUUAUUUAUCAUCAAUGAUAAAAGUAAGAUUUCCAUGAUCCAAUGGAUCAAUAACAUAGCAGCUUUCAGCUUAUGGCCAUUGUUAAAGAAGGAAAAUCUUGUUUUGCAAUAUGUUGUUGUGAUACUUUUGUCAAAUUGGUUAGUGGGUGGAUUCAAUAUGAAAUUAUCAAAUAAUAUUUUCUUUCCUAGAAUAAAUUGGUUUUGGAACUUGGUAAUAAGUGCAUCGUAUAUAUCGGUCGCAAUUGUUCAUUUUGUUGAUUAUUUUUAUUUACCCCCAGCUAGAUACCCUGAUUUGUGGGUUAUUUUGAACACUACAGUUUCAUUCGGCUGUUUUUCUUUAUUCUGGUUAUGGAUAUUAUAUCAAUUUUAUAAACUUUAG